UCCUUUCCCUUCAUAAUAACUGCAAACGAGCCUCAGAACACUAGACUAGACACCAGAAAAUGGGAGAAUUCUUCCAUGAGCAAGAGAACUGAGCAUAACCAGAUUCAAGGCAGCAUCUUUUCUUCACACCAUCUCAUCUAGCAAUUCAAAACACCCUCACUCUUUGCUAUUCCUUCAUCAAAACCAGAAAAUCCCCCGAAUAGAGAAAAUGUUGCAGAAUCAAUCACCUCAAAUUCUCCAAUCUCCAGCCAGAUUGGGUUUAACAAACCCUAAUUCACCAUCAUUCUCAAACCCAGCAACACCUAAACUCACUUCACAGAACCAUUUCCAACAACAACAACAACAAACCCCAUCUGCAAUCGCAUUACCUACAGCAACAAUAACAACAACUUCUUCAUCCUUACUUUCUCUACUCCCACCUCUAUCUAGAGCUCAAUCUCUUCUCCUCCAAAUGGCUUCUCUUGCUUCUAAACUCUUUGAAGUUUCCCCAAAUCGAGCAUCAUGGUUCACUUCUUUUCGUGGUUCACUUCCUACUUUCUUAGCUUCUCAAACCCUAACCCUAAAUCCACCUCCACCCGAUUCUACUCCUACUUCUCCUAAAGAAAUCAUCUCGCUAUUCACUUCUCUUCAAACUCAACUCUUUGAAUCAGUUGCUGAGCUUCAAGAAAUUCUUGAUCUUCAAGAUGCUAAACAGAAAAUUGCUCGAGAGAUUAAAGCAAAAGACGCGGUGAUUCUUGCGUUUGCGAAUAAACUUAAAGAAGCUGAAAAUGUUCUUGAUCUUCUAGUUGAUGAUUACUCUGAUUAUCGUCAACCUAAACGAUCAAAAUCACAAGGUAAUUCUGAUGAUACUGAAAUGACUUCAACUACUACUACUAGUAUUGCAACUUCAUUGAAAUUGAAUGAUAUACUGUCUUAUGCUCAUAGAAUUAGUUACACAACAUUCGCACCACCUGAAUUUGGGGCGGGGCAAGCUCCGCUUCGUGGAGCUCUUCCUCCUGCCCCACAAGAAGAACAAAUGCGUGCAUCACAAUUGUAUAAUUUCGCUGAUCUUGAUAUUGGAUUACCUAAGAUAGAAAGUAAUGAGAAGACCAUUGAGACAUUGGUGGAGGCUCCUGGAUUAGCCACAGAGAAUAAUAAGCUUGGUGAUUUAGCAGCGGUUCAAGGUUUACUCCCCCCACACCUUACUAUUCCAUCAGGUUGGCGUCCUGGGAUGCCUGUGGAAUUGCCAGCUGAGUUUCCAAUUAUUCCACCAGCUGGAUGGAAACCAGGGGAUCCUGUUCCGUUGCCCCCAUUGGAUGCUAUUGUUCCGGGUAAGGUUGAGGAACAACAACCACGUCGUGCUCCUCCAAUGCCAGUUAAGGGUCCUGAACCAUUUCAAGUUCCGCACGUACAACUUGAUAUUGACCAGGAAGAUAGCAGUAGUGAAUAUAGUAGCGAGGGAAGUUCCGAGGAAGAUUAAGUUGAGACUGCAACUCAUUUAAAUUGUCGCGCUCUUUAAGUAUUCCGCAUAACUAAAAUUUGUAAGCAUACCUGAGUUGUGCUCUGUUUUUCGUACUAGGUCUAACCUUGGGAUUUCAUGUAUUGAAUAUUUUGAAUUUUAUGUUACUUUUUCAAUAUAAAUAUGCAAUUUAACCACUCA